GCCCAGUUGACGAACUAUUAAAACAGGUAAUAUGUGUGGAAGUUGUACGCGAGUGGAUAUUAAUUUUUGCUUGUUUUUCUGAGUUUGUACAAUAUAUUAAAGAAGCAAAGACAACAAAAUGGUUAUAUUGAGUAAAAAUGAGUGUGUGUAACAUAAAUUGUUGCGUUUUUGGUUGCCACAGCAGAAAAAGUAAAAAUCGAGAGUUGUCUUUUCACAGGUUUCCGACCAAGGAGCAAUCGUUUGUGUUCAUUACAAAUGAGUUAGGAAUGAGAGAAAAAGUGGAUAAACUUGAAGCAUGGAUAAUGAAACUAAAUAUGGGAAAGCGAUCAACGAAGUAUGCAACAGUGUGUUCUCUCCAUUUUACUAAAGAUGAUUUUAUAUUACCAGGUGUCCCAACUAAGAGACCGUGCUUGAAGCGUACUGCUGUGCCAAGUCAAAACUUACAUUUUUUUCAUGAUAUCAUUACUGGGACAAUGGAUAGAAGUGAAAGUGGGCCACCAGAAAUUGAGAAUAGUGACAACAAAUUGAAAAGGAAGUAUGAUCCAUUGGCACUGGAUAAUGAACAAGAGCUGCCUGAAAUAGCAUUGAAAAAAUGGAAAAAUGCUGAAAAAUGUAAAAGAUAUAGAGAACGAAAGAAAGCAGAAGCACCACUGUUUUCGGCAUUGAAGUAUGAACAAGAAGAGCCAUCAAAAAUUACGUUGAAGAAAAAGAAAAAUGCUGAAAAAUGUAAAAGAUAUAGAGAACGGAAGAAAGCAGAGGCACUACAGUUUUCGGGAUUGAAUAAUGAACAAGAAAACGAUGAUAUGAUUAAUGAUGCUCCAAUUCGUCAACUUCAUCAACUACAGUCCACAUUCACACAACAAUAUAAGUCAUCUUUUGUACAAGUACAGCCAUCUGCAGCGUCAAUUAGAUACAUUAAAUUACACCAAGAAAACACCGCAAAUUUUAAGAAAGAUAUUAUUAGCGGUGGUGAAUUGUACGGAGAACAUAUUAAUAAUUUUCAAGAUAUAAUUGCAAGUCGAUUCUUAAAUUUCAGACCAAUUGAUGUUCAUCUAAUUGCCUUGCCACAAUUUGUUCGACCAAUAUCUCAUUUACGAAAACACAUCCAAAUAAUAAGUGGUGUUUCUGGACAACCUCAUCAAAUAACCCACUGGAUUUGCACGUAUUAUGAUGGAAAUGUUAUUAAUAUAUAUGAUAGUUUAAAUAGGGAGAGUUUGUAUCCAGAAAUGGAAUUUUUUUUUAAUCGAUUAUUUCCGCACAAACCACAGUACAAAUUUCAUGGAGUUAGGCAGCAACCCAAUAAUACAGACUGCGGAGUCUACGCUAUUGCGUUUGCUACAUCGUUACUCAAUAACCGGGACCCAUCAAAAGAAAACUACCAUCAUCUAAAAAUGCGGUCCCAUUUACUCGACAUUUAUAGCACGACUGAGCUGCUACCAUUUCCAAAUGAACCAUAUGCAGAUGCACAGAAAAUAUUGCAAACUCGCCAACCUUUACAGGAGGAAAAUACCCAUUUACUCCUAGCAGAUUGGAUUUCGUACUACAGAAAAAAACCCACAAUGUCGCUCGAUUUGGAUAAGUUUAUGGUAAAACUGCGAGCUUCCUUUAAAAAUACUCGUCACUGUAAAAUCUGCCCCUUCUCUACAACGUCGCUUUGCCUCAUGGUAAGCCACCUGAAAGGCCACCCAUCUCUCCAACAGUUCAACUGUGAAACCAACAACAUUGAAUUGUACUCCUGUUUGAAGUGCCCUUUCCAAACGGAUUUAGCAAUUGCGCUAAAACAACACUUUCAAGCCCGCCAUACCAUCAGAAAAGAACACCCAGAAGAUGAGAAAUACGUCAUCAAAAGCUACAUUUGUAAAGAGUGUCAAUUUGAAACCCAUUUUGUGAUGAAAUGGUUGAAGCAUACCAUGAGUUGUCACACAAUAAAGAAAAAACGCGCGAAAAGUGUGGACGAAAAGGACGUGAAAUGGUACGAGUGUAGGGAGUGCCCGUUUAAAACCAAAAUCGCGUCGUCGUUGAACGGACAUGUGUAUUCCCAGCAUUUCGAUGGACGGGAUAUUAAGUGGUUUCAGUGCGAAAUGUGCCCCACUUGAGAAAACACUUCAAUAAGUGGCAAUUAAAUUUAAGUAAGGAGAACUUGGCACGAAUGUAAAGCUCAGAAUUUUUAUAAUAGAAUGAAGUCAUGUCUAC